AGAUGGUGCCGGGAAACAGUGGGCAGGCUCAGUUUCAACGAGUGGCGUUACCAAAUGCUGAAUUUUUGGAAGAAGAACCACUUUAUGUUAAUGCAAAACAAUAUAGGCGAAUUCUAAAACGUCGACAAGCUCGUGCCAAGCUCGAGGCGGAGGGUAAAAUUCCCAAAGAAAGACCGAAAUAUCUUCACGAGUCACGUCAUCGUCAUGCCAUGAACAGGAUUCGAGGGGAAGGUGGACGAUUUCACUCUGGACAAGUGAAAAAACGAAGGAAUAAUCAAAAUCCCAUGAUCGCCCAGCACAUAUCAACGUCGACGAGCACAAAUACUAUAAGAACGAUUUCGUUGCCCACUAGUCAGGGAAAUGUGCAGCAUCACAAUACUGACAACAUGGGAUCGACCAUCAUUAUCGAGGGAGCUGGAGGCACUUCCUUGCCUGACAUGAUUGGAGACAGUGGGAUUGUUACGUCUGACGGUCGUUGAAAACUAAAUAAGUAAUUUUAAAAAGAUUAACAGAUUCAUUUGAACGGAAGGGGCACGUCCGUUACGAAACUUUCAGAGAUUGUAAAUACAUUUGAAUUUUCUAUUCCCAUUAUAGUUUCUUGCGAUUUUCCUCUUGAACGCAUUCGAAUAUUUCAACUCAUCAAUUUUUGAUUCAUUGAGUUUUGUUGGCAAGAUACAUGUUGACGUGUCUUAAUGAGGAAUACGUAUCCCCGGAUAAAAUUCUGAAACAAUGUAACUCCCGAAUCUUUCAUGAAAACACAUGUAACGCACACUCAGUAACAUAGAGGUGAAUUCUCUGCGUAAAAAACUUUUGUGAAAAUACCAAUUUUUAUGAGAUAUUUCAAAGCCUGAGUUAAGCAGUACAAUUUGUUUAAAAGCCGCUUCUGAGACUUAUAAAAUGAGAUUUACAACAAAUCUGCUAUCGCUCUUGAAUUCAAAUGAAUUAUAUCAAGCUCAAACUCAUGAAUAAUUUAACAAUUAAUUUCUGAGGAAGUAGUACAAUUUUGUUCAUACAAAGUUCACUCGGACCAGACUCGACUAAUAAAUUUAUUUCAAAGUUAUGAAUAUUGUUAGAACAGUCAAAAGUGUCACGUUUGCUAAUUCUCACCUACGUAUUUUUAAAUUAAAAGUUUGAGAUACUUCCUUCAGAAUUUCUCCCCGAGAUGAGUGUUUCUCAUAGCGACACGCUGAUGUGCAGAUAUAACCACUGUAUUGGUUUCCAUAAGUGUUUUUUUAAAUAUUUGAAUAGUUGCAGUGGAUAAUUGAAUAAAAUUUCUUUUUUCACGAGGUUCUCAUUUAGUACAAAAAUUAGUUAAAUUCAGAGACAAAUUUUUUAAGAGGUUUCACCAUGACUAAUGAAUAUAUUGGUCUUGAUAUUGCAUUUAUUAGAAAUCAAUUUUUUCAAGCAUUCACGGAAUUUGUCAUACCAGAUAACCAGCAAUCAUUGCCGACCAAUCUAUUCAUUAUCCGCCGAAUUUUCGUACUUAUAUCUAUCAUUUAACAGCAACCGGUUAAUUAAUGUCAUAAUUUCGGAGAAAGAUAGGUUUUGUCAAAUUUUGAUUCAUUCGAAAAUUAAUGUUCGGGGGAAUUAAAGGAAUGUAAUUAAUUAAGAGAAAGCAGUUGUAAAUAUGUGAAUUGAAGAAUAGAACCAAAAAAUAUACAUACAACUGGAAAGAUAAGAGAAUAUAGAGUAUUUGAUUAGACAACGUAAAUAAGAGGCAAAAGUGCGUGGGUGCGAUUGUGUUUUGUACUGAUUCACGUGACAAUUUAUUGGAAUAUUUAUCAGUGAUAUUUACUUCGA